AUGGGUGUUGCUUGGAGUACUUACAAACAAAGAAGACAACGGGAAAAGAAACAGAAAAGGAAAUGCAAGCUAUCACCAUUAGAGAGAGAGAGGAUAUUAAAGAUUAAAGCUCAAAUGGAAGUAGAAAUUCACGCUUUGGAAGAGCAGAUUUACCGUGAAAAACUCGCGCAGAUUGCUAGGGGUAACAGACCUCAGAUGCUGACCGACGGAUUAAGCUGGACUGGAAUCAACAAACCAAAUGCAAAUUUACAAAGGGAAGGGUAUGACUCGCAGCUAGAAUCUGAGAGACAAAUGCUUGAUGCACUCCAGUUCGCAUGGUUUCAAAGAGAGAAUCCGCUAGAGAAUUCGAUAGUGGGCUCACUUCCUAACCUAAGAGAUAUAUGGCAUUUUGAGAAAGUCAGGAACCCAGGAGCUGAGCAAAAACACUUUUAUAGAGAGCGUUAG